UUGGUUAAUUAGGGUUUAGAUUUAAUUAGGUUUUGGUUAAUUAAGUUUUCGUUUAAUGUGUUUCAGUUAGCUUUUUGGUUUAAUGUGUAAAUUGGUUUUAAUUGUAAUAGCUUAUAAUUAAUAAAUAAAGUAAUUAUUUCUUUAUAACUUAAAUUUUGAUUUAAUUUUUAAUCAAUUAUUUAAUUAAUUAAUUUUAAUCAAUUAAUUUAAUUAAUUUUAAUCAAUUAAUUUAAUUAAUUUUAAUCAAUAUUUUUUAAUUUUUAUUUAUAACAUUAUAUUUAUAUUAUUAUAAAAUAUUUUACAGCAUUACAAAAAUGUCAUGAAAAAUAAUAUCAUAGCACGACUCAAAUGCUACAAACACACAAACUUAUAGUUCAAGAUUAACGCUACAAUAUGUCUAUUUAGUAUAUAGCACACGAAAAAACGCUAUGAUAGGUGGGGGAGUCUAUUAUAGCUGCAGCUGUCACGGCGUUCUUCGAAACGCUACGAAAACGAUAUGAUAGCACAUUCUCGGUGCUACUAAUACCGAUAUUUCUUGUAGUGCUUGGCUCUAUAGUAUGAAGGUGGUACCAUUGACUUAUCACCAAUGCUUAUAAUUCCCGACCCGGAAAGGAGUCAAGGGUAUACGAGGUAGCCAGAAGGGCUCGAGGACAUGUUACCUAGCGAACUUCAAAGACAUCAACCGUCAUCGACCUAAUCACUCUCUUGACCAAAGGUCAAAAUGGCUCAGAUCCCAAAAUAUCCACAUACUCAAAACAAAUAUACACUUCUACGUAGACGACUAAACGAACUCACGAUCCCACAAACAAAGGGAAAAAAUAUUGAAUUAUGUUAACGAUUGAUCCCUCGAUGAGGGUACGUAGCCAGCUCGAGUGCGAGCACAGCUGCCUUUUCCCAUCAUAAAUUUCACAAAAGCAGAAAUUUGAAGCGCACAUUUCCAACAAAAAUUUAAUUCCUGGUCCUAACCAACUUGGAAAAACUCGGCCAUUAAAUGCACGAGUUACAACAUUUCGCAUUCUUGAGUGUCAGCCCCAAUAAAAAGCGAAGAACUUCCAAAGUACUCAACCAUACUGAAAAAAAAUAUCAUGAGCUCAACGAAAUCAUUACUCAUUGAGACAAUCUUUUGAUCGAUACGCCGAAGCCUGCGGCCUCUACGUCUCUCAUACUGUUGCCUCAAUCCAUCAAUUUUGGCACCCCCUAACCAUGAAAGAGAUUGAAGCGUACGACAAAAUCGGCACCGGUUAAUCAGUUUUUCUUUUUCUUUUCCAAAAAUAUUGAAAAAAAAACAAUGAUGACAAGCAUCGGUGUCCAAUGAAACUCAAAUUCUGAUAAACAAAGCAUUGUUUCAACUUUCUGUUACCACUUCAUAUCUGAGUAAUUCUCCUAUUAGACUUAGGGAUUUCAUGAGCUUCAUGUCAAAUUGCUAAUCAUAGGAUUGCUUCACUUCAGGAUUGUUUAUCACACUGGUUUCUAGAUUACUUAAAUAGAUCAUAUAAUUAUAGGAUCAUCGUGAGGCUCGAAAGUGUAAUAGAUACCUGAACCUUAUCAUGUUGAACUAGAUUUCCAUUCGCAACGAGAGUUGGUCUAGGAUUCUAGUUGAACAAUAUAGUAUCUUGUUUAUUUCUUGUUUGAUUCAUCAGAUACACAACGAGAGUUGAUAUUAGAUUAGACUUAGACAUCUGAUAGUUAAUCCACUUUGGAAAUUUGUCUAUUUGCCAAUUUAAUCUCAAACUUAUCCACUUUGCAAAUUAUGAUCUUAAAAAUUGUCUAAUUUUAGUUUUCUCCAUAUUUAGUAAAAUGAUUUAGAAUGCAUUGUUAAAAAAAAAUUUCUCUGAGUCACUUUAUUAGUUCACUUGCAGGAGCAAUGGAGAAGUAUUGUUUGAUUUAGGCUCGGGCAUUUUACCCAAUACCCGAAUCUGAACCUGAACCUGACCCAAAAAAUUUGAACGGAAAUUCGAACCGAAGUAGAAAAAUACCUGAACGAAUAUCGAGUUAGGAGAUAUUGGAUAUCCGAACCCAAAUAGAUAAUAUCCAAAGCUCGAAGGAUAUCCAAAAAUAACUGAACAUAUGUAUACUUAACACUAUAUUCCUAGUUUACUUAUCCAAUUUUAUUCAAAAUAUGUAUAUUGAUGUAGUAUAAGGCCCAAGAUCAGAUAAUAUUCAUACAGUUGCAGACAAAUGAUUUGUUAUUUAUUUAAAAUGCAUGUCAAGGUUUUUGUUUAAUAAAUCAACAAAGUUGCAUCUAAAUUAUAAAAAACAACUAGAUUAUCAUCUUUCUAUUUUCAAAGUGUUGUUUCCAAACCUAUUAGUCAUCCAACCUAUUAAUUUUUUUUUUUAAAGUUGUUAAUUUUGAAAUUUUAGGUACAAAAAACUUUAGCAAUAAAAUUUUGAUUUUUUCAAAAUCUAAAAUAUCCGAAACCGACCAGGAAUAACCUAACUCGAAUUAAAAAUAUCCGAAUCCAACCCGAUAUCUAAAAGUACUGGAACGGGGUCUAAACCCCUAUAAUGAAAUACCCAAAAACAUAAAAUACUCAAUCCGGACCCGAACAAAUAUCCGAACGCCGACACCUGGUCUCUUUAGUGAUGACACCAAGUUGAUGAUUUCAUUAUUUGCACAAAGAAAAAACAUUAUUAUAAUUAUUAAACUACAUUCAUUUCUGAGAUAACAAUGGAGUUUAGCUUCAAAUAACAGCGAUACUACUCAAGGUUGGUAAAGCUUUAUUAACCUAUACCAAAUCCCAAUUACCUUAGCUUAAACAACCUUAGACUUUAAAGAACAAUCAAAAAAAAAAAAAAAAUUCUUCAUUACUUUCUGAUGUUUGAAGCUAUUUGAUAAAUCGGAUUAGGUCUAAUAAAGCUUUUGUGUAAAAAAAAGUCAAGUUGCUUACCAAAAAGUUAAUAAAAGAGAGGGGAAACUUACGACUACUUCAAAGUCAAAAUGUCAGGUGAACGACGCCGAACCGAUCAUUACGACCCAGUAAAUGAUAAUUCCGUCAUGAUCAAACGUGAUAAGCACUUCACCCAAAUAAUAUUUUUAUGGCAUAGUGGCCAUUCCUACAUUCGCACAUGGACUUCAAGAGAUGAUAAACAGAAAUAACAUAUCAAAAAGAAAAAGGCCCUUCUCUUCGCAUCAUGACAAACCGAAAGAGUAUAAUCCUGCCACGUUAUUAUGUUAUCUACUUAGUUUUGCUUGUUUUCCAAGUCACCGGCCAGCCGCAGCCUGGAGCCAUUGGUCCAUAUGGUCGCCAAAUAAGACCAAACCAAGUACCAGCGGUAAUCAUUGGGAUGCUUAUAUUUUCGCUCUUAUUCAGCAUGAUCGCUUGCUGCGUUUGCUAUAAAUACAGAAGCAUGUCUCCGCCUGGAACAAACUCUGAUACCGAUGAAGAAGGUCGUGGAGGAGUACCGUGGACAAGGAGGACAAGCCGUGGGGUUGAAAAGGAUGUCAUAAUGUCGUUCCCUUCCUUUCUUUACUCACAAGUUAAAGGGUUAAAGUUAGGCAAAGGUGGUGUGGAAUGUGCUAUCUGCCUUAACGAGUUUGAUGAUGGGGAAGAGCUGCGUUUGAUGCCUGCUUGCAGCCAUGCAUUUCAUGCUCCUUGCAUCGAUGUCUGGCUCUCUUCUCGCUCCACAUGUCCCGUCUGCCGCGACAAUCUCGCUCCCAAACCAGGCAAUAAUAUUUACCCAUUUAUACGACCACGCACCAAUCAAGAUAUGGAUCUUGAAAUGGCAAACGCACGAAGAAGUGUAUUAGAAUCUCCAGAUGUACGUUUGUUAGAUGUAUUGCCAAGGAGCAAUAACAACCGGGCAAACAGACUACCUCGACCGAGGUCUACAGGGUCAUCAAACUGGCAAAUAACUGAGAUGUUAUUCCCAAGAUCUCACUCGACCGGACAUUCUCUGAUUCCCUUACGAGAAAAUCUAGACAGAUUUACACUGCAGUUACCACAAGAACUAAGGAGACAUUUGAGCCAGAGGACGUUACCACAAGCCAGGAGUUCAAGGCAAGGAUAUAGGAGUGGCAGCGUUGGGAGCCACAGGAGAGGUAUUCCUCAUGGACGCGGAUAUAAUCAUCGCACCAUUUCUCUUUCUUUCUCUUUCUCGUUUCAGUCUGCCUCUCUCCAGUUAGAAAAAGGCAAGGACAAAGAGUUUGGAGAAGGGUCAUUUGAACGCCUUAGGCCAGAGAUACCCUUAUCUUAAAUUGUUGACUAUUCAAAUUUUUAUACAGACAAGGUUGUGUUAUAGAUAAUUUGAUGUGUCGUAACUAUGAAGCAAUACAUGUAGGUCUAUGUACUGAUUAAGUCUGUGGAGAGAAACUAGAACAGAAGAGUGCUUACUCGAUACCCUGAAUUUUACUGAGCAGUUUGUAUAUGGAUCCAGGUUCUAGUAUAAUUGUCAUUUGCAUACGAAAAAUAAUAAUAAAAAUUACGAACUAGACCUUUGUAGGCACUAUGCACAUAAUUUAUUUGCGACACCCGUCACCUCCUAUCUGGAAGACAGCGUGUCACCCCCGACGCGUCAUCAUACAACAAUGUGACACUCGUCUCCUUCUCACUAAGGACGACGGGCCACCAACAAUAUCCCGUAAUAUAAAAGCCCAUAAACCCAAUAACACUCACCCAAAACCCAAAUAAAAAUCCG